AUGGAAUUAUGGGCAUGUGGAUUUAAUGCUUGGAAUCAACUUCAAUUCGAGGGAGAUCUUCCUGAUGAACCCGAGGAUGUAUUUACCUUCAAACGGGUAUUAACAUCGAAGGGAAGUAUUAAGAUUAUUGGGACUUCAUUCUCGGCUUCUUUGGUCACGUGUAGUUCACCUGAUCGGUCAGAUCGUAAAGGAGAAUUCAAGAAGAAGCUUAAGAAGGUAGAAGAUCAUCUCGAACUAACUCGCUUCUCAUCUAUAGUAGCAGUAUCAGACGACCCAUCAGAGCCCCCAAAGAACCUCAAAGUUGCCGGUUCACCAGAUGGAUUUUUACAAACACAACUCGAGCAAAUCACCGCAACGAAUAGCGCGAAACUCCCAAAACAGACAGACUCGAGGCUACCUGAAGACAAACCAAGCAACGCAACAGCAGCCGGAAACGACAAAAUCGCAGUUUUCACCUCCACAACCCUAACCCAAUACCCCUCUCUCCCCACCUACCUCUCUCAAUGCAAUCCAGACUUCGUCUAUCCCCUCCCCCACAUCAUGCAACUCGUCUCUAACACCACCACCUUCACUGCUCUCACCCGAGAAGGAAACGUCUACACCUGGGGCGAUGAACGCUAUCCCGCCUGUCUUGGGCGCGAAAUUACUUUAUCAAGCCCCGCUCACACCCCUACCCUCCUCACCCCACUCCUCUCCCUCCCCACCGGCUCCAUCCAGCAGCUCUCCUCAUCCGGCCCCCUAACCGGCGCGCUAACCACCGGAAACGAUCUCUACAUCUGGGGCCGUACCAACACCCCCUCUAUUAUCCCGGAACUCUCUUCAUCCCCAUCCUCAUCUCCAUCUCCAUCCUCAUCCCCAUUUCCAGACAAUUAUGAUCCCAUACCCCUCGAUAUACACGGAGCCGAUAUCCUCGAUUUCGGCAUUGGUGAAAAUCACAUGUUAGUGCUUACGACUGAGGGGGAGUUAUAUGUUAUAGGGGAGAAUGGGAAUGGACAAGUUGGUCUUGGGGAGGAGGAGAAGGGGAGAUGCGAGGAAUGGAGGUUGGUAGAUUUAGAGUUUGCAGAGGGGAGUGGGAAGAGAUGUGUAGGGGUCUGGGCGGGAUAUAAGUGUAGUUUUGUUGUUGUGGAGGAUAUCUCUUCGUGA